AUGGCCUCCGACAGCCAGGCAUCCCCCGCGGACAAGUCGUCCGACGUGCGCCAAACGAGCGUCGCCAAAGAGUCCCACAAUGGCCCCGAAGCGACGUUUGCUCUUACCGGCAGCACCAGCCCCGGCGUCAAGCGCAUGGAUGCCAUUGCGCAGCACAUCAACCUCCCAGGUCGCGUCAUCCUCUUCGUCGGCAUCUUCAUCGUCGCCUACGUGUACUCGCUCGACAUCUCGCUGCGCUACGCCUACCAGCCCACCGCCACGGACAGCUUCAGCACGCACUCGCUCCUCGCCACCAUCUCGGUCCUUCGGAGCGUCAUCGCCGCCGCCGCGCAGCCGACGUCUGCCAAAAUCGCCGACGUCUUUGGUCGCAUGGAGCUGCUGCUCGUCUCUAUCCUCUUUUACGUCGUCGGCACUAUUGUCGAUGCCACCUCGAAUGGCGUCGAGGCGUUCUCGGCCGGUGCGGUUCUAUACCAGGUUGGCUUUACGUGCGUUUCGUUCCUGGUCGAGGUCAUUCUCUCCGACGUCACGUCCUUGCGCGCUCGGCUGCUCUUCUCCUACGUCCCCGUCAGUCCUUUCCUCAUCAACGCAUGGGUCAGUGGCGACGUUGCUGCUGCGGCGUUGGAGAAUAUCGGCUGGCGCUUGGGGAUAGGCAUGUGGGCCAUCAUAUAUCCCGUGUCGACUAUUCCGCUCUUCGUUGCCAUGUGGUGGGCUCAUCAUCGAGCGAAAAAGGCAGGCGAUCUGGGCAAGUACAAGACGCCGUUCCAGCUUCUCGGGGGGGCUGAGCUUCUCAAGGCGCUUUUCUGGCAACUCGAUGUGGUGGGCAUGAUCUUGAUGAUUGCGGUGCUCGCCCUCAUCCUCGUGCCACUUACAUUAGCUGGCGGCUCAUCAACAACGUGGCACCAGGGACACAUCAUCGCGCCCCUCGUCGUUGGCAUACUCUGUAUCCCGGCCUUUGUGUUUUGGGAGGCCAAAGCCAAGCACCCAAUGGUGCCUCUUCACCUGCUCAAGGAUCGCAUGGUAUGGGGUGCGCUCGGAGUCAUCACGGCAAUGAACUGCGCCGCCGCCGUGCAAGGGGACUUCCUUUACACCGUUCUCGUCAUCUCGUUCAACCAGACCGUUCUGAGCGCCACCCGCAUCACGAACCUAUAUUCGUUCACUGCCUGCCUGACGGGAUUAUUCUUUGGAGCAGUUGUCUACAAGUUGAGGCGCCUCAAGUGGAUCAUUGUCUGCGGCUCCGGGCUACAUCUCGUCGCGUUCGGGCUGCUGAUUCAAUACCGGGGCGGCGGCGGAUCCAACUACUCUGGCAUGGUCGGCGCGCAGGUGCUCUUGGGCAUCUCGUGUGGCAUGUUCACGUAUGCUGCCCUUGCGAGCAUCCAGGCAGCCACGCGGCACGAGCAUCUCGCCGUCAUCACGGGCGUGUACUUUGCUUGCUUCAACGUUGGAGGCGCCAUCGGCAACGCCAUAUCGGGCGCCAUCUGGACGCAGCUUCUGCCGGGGCAGCUGCAGCAAGACCUGGCGCAAUUCGGCAACGAAACGCUCCCGGGCCUCUUCUACGACUCGCCGUUUACCGCCAUCGAGGAGUACCCGUGGGGGUCUCCGGAGAGACAGGGGGUCGUCACGUCGUAUAGGUACACGCAGCGGAUCCUGUGCAUCACGGGCAUCUGCAUCGCGUCGUUGGUCUGCGUCUUCGCGCUGUGUCUCCGCGAUCCGCGUUUGACGGACGAGCAGUCUCUGCCCAAUGCCGAGGUGAAAGCCAAGCCGUCGGACGCCGAGUUUAAGUCACAUAGCGUCGCAGCUCGCUAA